AAAGUGCUUGGAACAAGGUAGGCUUGAUGCGGGAACCCUGGAGGGCUGGUGAUUGUUCUUUGCAGCUGAGAAAUGGCAGGAAGAAACCCUCAGCUGCCUUUCACAGUGCAAGCUCUGGAUUGAGAGGGUCCCAAGAAACGUAUUUUUCUGCUGCACUGAAACCAAACCAUUGUGUGUUUUGGUUUUGAGUCAUUUUGGGUUCUAAGGUUCCAAGGAGGUGUGUAAGACAUUGCUUUCGUAAAUUCCUUCCGGGGUAAGCUCUAAUUUGGACCCUGUUCCUCCCACGUCCCCCGCCCAGACUUCUACUGGAUCUUCAGGUUUGGGAACGAAGACUUCCCUUCUGGAAACAUCCGUGGAUCUCACUCUUAACUCCAGGUCUGGAUUUCCGGUGACUCCUUCGUGCUUCCAUCACGGCCGACACAAAAGCUUCUUCUCCGUGAUUUUUUUCCUGGUUCUUUUCAAUUAAUCGUUGCUCUUUGAGACGACUUAGCUAAAAACGUGCCUUUGCUUUGAGGCUUAAUGGUGCAGUGUUUCUAAGGGGCACGCGUUUAGGCCAGAAGAUGAAAGCUACCCUUGAAAGGAUGUCGCAGGGUUUAAGAUGCUGAAAUUCAUCUUCUUAUCAUCUGUUCCCUCUCCCCUCCUUUUCACACCUAACUGGAGUCCUUGGUGAAGUCUCCAGAAAAAUUAUCUUGGCAGAAAACGUCUUCAGUUUCAUUAAAUCCCCUUAAUUAUAUGUGUCUGUUGACUACCAGUUGAAAGGUGGAGGUGAAUGAUUCCUAAAUAAUUAUGCGACAGCUGUCACCGUAGGUUAUGUUUAAAUAUAAAAAUAAUUGACAGACCCGAGCGGUGCCCGACCUUGGUGCUUAAUAAACAUUUAAUUAUAAGGAUGAGGACGGCAAGUUUGAGCUGUGGCAGGAACUUGCGAGACCAGAGUCCGCCAAUGUAGGAGCUCGAGAAAACGACUCGUUUCCAGUGACAGAAUAAGGAGCCAUGAAACAGCCGUUCUAUGACUGGAACUGCUGGCUGUCGGUGUCACUGUGGUGUUUGUUUGGGGGCCUCAAUGGGACGUUCGUGACGAGGAACUCCAGGCCCAAUAUUGUCCUGUUGAUGGCGGACGACCUUGGGGUGGGAGAUGUAUGCUGCUAUGGUAAUGACACCGUGAGCACACCCAACAUCGACCGCCUGGCAAGUGAGGGAGUGAGGCUCACCCAGCACCUGGCGGCCGCCUCCGUUUGCACCCCGAGUCGGGCUGCCUUCCUGACGGGCCGGUACCCCAUCAGAUCAGGAAUGGCAUCUCCCUUCAACCUGAACCGUGCCCUCAUCUGGCUUGGAGGGUCAGGCGGUCUGCCCAGCAACGAAACGACUUUUGCCAAGCUCCUCCAGCAUCGUGGCUACCGCACCGGACUCAUAGGAAAAUGGCACCAGGGAUUGAGCUGUGCCUCUCGGAACGAUCACUGCUUCCACCCCCUCAACCAUGGGUUUGACUACUUCUAUGGGCUGCCCUUUGGCCUCUUCAGUGACUGCCAGCCGUCCAAGACUCCGGAACUGCACCGCUGGCUCAGGAUCAAGCUGUGCAUCUCCACGGCGGUCUUGGGUCUCGUCCCCCUCCUGCUUCUCAUUCCCAAAUUCGCCCGCUGGUUCCCGGUCCCCUGGAAGGUCAUUCUCGUCUUCACCCUUCUCGCCUUCUUAUUUUUCGUCUCCUGGUACUCCAGUUACGGGUUCACGCGGCGCUGGAAUUGCAUCCUGAUGAGAAACCACGAGAUCAUCCAGCAGCCGAUGAAAGAGGAAAGAGUCGCUUCGCUGAUGCUGAAGGAGGCGCUCGCCUUUAUUGACAGGUAUAAACGCGAGCCCUUUCUCCUGUUUGUCUCGUUUCUGCACGUCCACACUCCGCUCAUCACCAAGAAGAAGUUUGUUGGGCACAGUAAAUAUGGAUCGUAUGGGGAUAAUGUAGAGGAAAUGGAUUGGAUGGUGGGGAAGAUCCUGGAUGCCCUGGACCGAGAGCUGCUGGCCAAUCACACGCUGGUCUACUUCACCUCCGACCACGGGGGCCGCCUGGAGGCGCAGGAUGGAGGCGCGCAGGCCGGCGGCUGGAACGGCAUCUACAAAGGUGGCAAAGGGAUGGGAGGAUGGGAAGGCGGGAUCCGCGUCCCGGGAAUAUUCCGGUGGCCGACCGUCCUGGAGGCUGGCAAGGUGAUUGACGAGCCCACGAGUCUGAUGGACAUUUACCCAACGCUGUCUUAUAUCGGCGGAGGGAUCCCGCCCCAGGACAGAGUGAUUGACGGCCGGAACCUAAUGCCCCUGCUGGAAGGCAGGGUCUCCCACUCGGACCACGAGUUCCUCUUCCACUACUGUGGGGUCUACCUGCACACAGCCAGGUGGCAUCAGAAAGACUGUGCAACUGUGUGGAAGGUUCAUUAUGUGACUCCCAAAUUUUCCCCAGAGGGAGCUGGUGCCUGCUACGGAAGUGGCAUGUGUUCAUGUACUGGAGAUGUCACCUACCACGACCCUCCACUGCUCUUCGACAUCUCAAGAGACCCUUCUGAAUCCCAGCCUCUUAACCCUGACAAUGAAGUGUUGUUUGACUCCGUGGUCAAGAAAAUCGAGGCAGCCAUAAAAGAGCAUCGAAGGACGCUCACACCUGUCCCGCAGCAGUUGUCUGUGUUCAACACCAUUUGGAAGCCAUGGCUGCAGCCCUGCUGUGGGACUUUCCCCUUUUGUGGGUGCGACAAGGAAGAUGACAUCCUAUCCACUGCUUGGUGAGCAGAAAGGGACUACUUGUUACCAACCACCAACAUACUAUUGCCAAGGUCAUAGGAGCAAGGCUCAGCUAAUUCAUUCAUUCCAUUGGGGAUCAAAAAAUGAUGCCCUCCACCAUUGUUUUAAGCUUCAGAUCUCAGUUCUCUCUUCAAGUCAUGUCUGGGAGCUCAGUGAAAUGAAAGUGAAACCAUACAGCAAUGGGCCUGAAGUGGAGCAUUUAUUUCAUCAUGUUUUUGUAUAAUUGUGUCAUUGUUCGAGGAAAAAAAUAGACCAAGGUGACCUUCUGCAGAUUCUUGUGGAUCUGCAGUUCCUAAAAGAUAAUGAAAAGUAGCAGGUCCAAUGUCAUUGUUUUUACAUGGUUAUGUUAGAAGGUUGUACUUGUGGAUCCUGACUCCUUGAUUUCCUCUUUUUUCUUCUUUUCUUCUUUUUCUGUGUAGCAAACAUUGGGUUUUGAGACAAAGUGGCUGGCUACGGGUCUUCACCCUGCCUCCUGCUAUCCAUGUGAUUGGGGGCAAAUUUCUGUGUCUUGGUUUUUUCAUGUGUAAAAUGGAGAAAACCAGAGUCUAUUUCACAGAGUAGCUGUGAGCAUUGCAUGCAUUCAUUCAUGUGAAAUUGCCUAGUGGACAAUAAGCCCUCGAUAUAUUAUUAUGAAUGUUAUAAUUCUCAAUCACAAUUAUAUUGCCUGAAGUAUGGAAUAGGAAGAAUGGAGAAGAUGUCAAUUUUUAAAGCAAAACAGACAAAAAUGGCUGGAAAAGAUUUUAGUUGAUGAAAAACUUUCAGGAAGCACCGUAAUUCUAAGCAAGAUAAACAGAAACAAAUUCACAACUUGAAUUAUCACAGGGGAACAGAGUGCAAAAUAAAAACUAAUCUAAUUAAAACUAAACUAAUUAAAACUAACUAAUUAAAAAAUAAUUAAACUAAUGUUGGCUUGGUAACAGCUCCAAGGGAAGCCACAAGACAAUACAGUCAUCUUUUCAAACUAUUGGGAGAAAACUAUCAACCCAGAGUUACGUACCUAAGUUAUGCAACAAUGGCAGUGAAAUGAUUAACAACACGGAAAACUAUUAUUGUGGAAUUUUAUGUUCCUUUGUUUAAUUCUACUUUCAUGUAUUUUGAAGCCCUGGUAUUAGAAGCUUCGUAAAAAAUUGGUUUCUAUUCCUGAUGAAUCCAACCGUUGAUCAUUAGGCAACUUACCUGUUUAUAUCUGGUAAUACUGUUUCUCUUGAAGUCUAGUUAAGCUGAAAUGAGCAUAGCCACUUCAGCCUUUCUAUGCUUAAUAUUUGAAUAAUGUAUGUUUUUUCCCCUUCACUUUAACCUCUAUGUGGCUUUAUACUCCUCAACAUCAUAUAAUUGGGUCUUGCUUUUUUAUCCAUUCUGGUAAUCCCUGGUAUUAACGGGAAUGUUUUGUCCAUUAACGUUUAGUGUGAUAUUUGAUAUGGUUGGAUUUUGGUCUUUCAAUUGUGCCCCAUCUCUUGCUACUUUUCUGUUUUCUUUGGGCUCACUGAUUUUUUUCUGUUGGAAUAUUCUUCUAUCUUUUGUCUUUUUGCUAUUCCUCUUUGCAUUUUUUUUAGCGGUAGAUCUAGGAAUUAUAAAGUAAAAGUUUAGCUUAUUGUGGUCUAAUAAGAGUUAAUAUUGUAUCACUUCACGUAAAAUAGAGAAACGUUGGUACUCCAUGGGUUUAUUUAAAACACUCCAUUGUUCUUUAUGCUGUAGGUGUUACAUGUAUUAUGUCUAUGUAUGUUGUCAAGCCACCAGAGAGUAUAAUAAUUUUGCUUUAUACAAGUCCUGUGUAUGUUACAGCAAUCAGGAUAAAAAAAUAAUUUUUUACAUUCAGCUCAAUAUUUACUGUUUUCUCGUGUUCUGAACCCUACCUUUCUGGGGAUUCGUGCUUUCAUCUGGCACCAUUUCCCUUCAGACUAAAGACAUUACGUUAGCAUUUUCACAGUGCAGGUCUUUAGAUGAUGAAUUCCCUUAGCUUUAAUUAAAAAAUAUAUAUAUAUCUGAAAAUGUUAUCCCUCUUUAUUCUUGAAAGACAUUUUCACCAGUUCCAGGUUUACAUGUUGAUUUUUACAAGAUGUUGACUCAUGUGUCCUGGCCUCUGUAUUUUCCAAGAGUAUGUGGCAUUCAUUUGAAUUGAUAUUCCUUUUUACCUCAUGUGUCAUUUUUCUUGGGCUACUUUCAAGAUUUUUUUUUUCUGUUUGGUUUUUAGCAUUUUGUCUAUUAUUAUUUUAGCUUUCUGUUUUCAUCAGUGUGUCUAUUUUUGUCUAUUUAUAUGCCUACAUGGGCUUUUCUUCAUAUAUAUCCUACUUGGGGUGUGCUCAGCUUUUCAAAUCUGUAAAUUUAUAUCUUUCACACAAUUUUGGAAUUUUUUUCCAAAUAAUUUUCUAUCUUAUUCUCUCUCCUUCUCCUCUGUAACUCUAAUUUAAAUAUUUGAUGUUGCCUUAGAACUCCCUGAGACUUAAUUUAAUUUUAUUCUUUUUUCCUGAUCUUAAAAUUGGAUAAUUUCUGUUGAUCUAUUUUCAAGUCGUUAACUCUCUCCCCUUUGUACUCUGUUUAGUUCUUAGGCACAUACUGUAAAUUUUUGUUUAAAGUCUACAUUUGAAUUCUAGAAUUUACAUUUAGUUCAUUUUUAUCAUUACUAUUUCUCUCUUGAGAGUCACUAUCUUUUUAUUUAUUAUGAACACACUUUUCUUUAUCUCAUUGAACAUUGUGAGAGUAGUUGCCUCAAUGUCCUUGUAGAUCAUCUUGGAGUUGGUUUCUGUCGAUAUUUUUAUUUGUUUGUUUUAUUCUUAAGAAUGGGUCACAUUUUUCCGACUCUCCAUAGAUCAAGGAAUUUUGGGCUCUAUUUUGGACAUGAUGAAUAUCAUGCACAGGGAUUCUGGUUUCUGUUAUGUUCUUCCAAAGAGUGUUUUAGCAGGCAAUAAACUUGGUUGGACUCAAAUUGUAAUCUCGGCUACUAGAUAGCGGCUCCAAUCUCAGUUCAGAUGGUUUAUCUUUAGCUGGUAAUUUUGUGUUUGCCCUUCAGGUGUGUGGUUCAGAUGUCAGACACAGAUUGGAGCAAAGUUUAUAUACAGGGUUGGCCACCCUCCCUCUCAGGUUCUUUCCUUUCUGAGAUUUUUCACCUCCCUUUUCAGCAGUUGUGGCUGCGUUGAACUCUGUCCUCUAAUCCUUCAUGCAACAGUGACUGCAGAUUUUCUGAGUUUUAGCAAUCCCUUGUGGUGUCAUCUGCAGAUGACUCUCAGAUUAAACACCUUGAAAACUGACUCCUCGUGCCACGUUGGUCCAUUCUCCCAAAUAUUGACUCUCCUCUAGAAUCUGUCUGUUUCUGUUCACUGUUCAGAGCCAUCACUACUUCCUUUUUGUAUUUCCUGUAGAGGUUAUAGUCGUCUUUGGGAAGAUAGGUCUGGUGGCAGCUUACUUGUCCAUUCUUGAAGUAGACAUCAGAGCAAUGUUUUUGAGCCAACUGUUUUGGGUGUUAGCCAUCGAGUACUUCAGCUCAACCAUCCUCAAUGCCGCUACUACGUUUUGUAAUUCAAGUUCAUAGGUAAAUCCUGGAAGUUAAGUGCUCAUGAACUGAUAAGAGUGUGUUCUUACUUCUAAGGAUCUUUGUCUGGGUGGGACAACAGGCUUAUUUCUUGCUUGUGAGAAAUAAAUUGGCCAGCUUUACUGAGUAAACUAAGCCCUAAGCCCAAACUUACCCCAUCUGUGAGGAAAGUCACCUGUUGGUAACCCUGUGGCAUCUCACCUGCAAAUGUAGAUAAUCAAUCCUCCUCAUAAAGUUAAUGAUAGGCAUCAGCAAUGUAUUUAUGAUGUAAAUUCCACACAGGAAUUAUUGACAUUGUAAUAACCGUAAGAGUUUCACAUUCAUUAAGUAUGGAAAUUUGCUCCUUGAUCUCAGAGGAUUACAUUUUAAUCAUUAUUAUGUUUUGGAAAAGAAGACAGGGGCCAGCCCGGUGGCACAGCAGUUAAGUUCGCAUGUUCCAUUUCAGUGGCCCAGGGUU